AUGCAGUACGAGAAGGAGCACCAUGCUGGGGACUGCAGGUUUCAGACAGUGUUGCUGCGCAAAAUCUCCGACAUGGAAGGCAAAUUCGCCUCACAAAUGUCCAAGUUGCAGCAGCAGGGGGAGCUGCAUCUUGCCCGCGCAGUGGCUUUGGCAAAGGAUGCUGCUAUGGCAGAGUUCUCGCCCAUUGUGAAAGGAGUCUCCGAAGUGCUCCACUCGCAGCUACGGCGCAUGGACCACUUGGAGGCACAGUGGCGUUUGCUGGAGAAGCGCUGUGAGGAGAUGGGUGAGCCGCCAGCCGUGACAUUGGAGGGUGAGAUGCUGCAGAUUUCAACAAGGUUGGCUGACUUGGAAGGACGAACAGGAAAGCAGCAUGAGCUGGAGAUCUCGAUCUCGUCAAUUGCACAGAAAACGGAGCUUCUGGAGCAGGAUGGCCGGGAGCUGCGGCAACGACUUGAAGAGAUACAGGAGAGAAGCAAAUGUCUCAAGGCGUGGCAGGAGGCAAAGGAGGAGCAGAACCGCGAAUUUCUGGAACGCUUUGAGCGCAUAAAUGUUGAGACACAGCUGAAAACAUUGCAAUUGAAGCUUCAGGAAGUGUUGAAGAGCGCACAGCAACAGCAAGAGUUUGCUGAAGUCCUGGAAAAGCGAAUCGAAAGCCAAGAGUUCGAGGCUGCUCACCGUUUGGAACGUUUCGAUAGCAGACGGUCCAUGCGGCAGGAGUCAGUACAGCAACGAGUGGACGCAGCCGAGCAGCGCAUUGAGGCCUGCUGCACGAGCUUGGAAACAGUCAACAGCUGCUUGAUGAGCUUAGAGCAGGCCGUAUGUCGUGAUUUUCCGAGCGGUGAGAGCACACCACCCAACAAGCCGCGGCCUAUGUCUUCGAGUCCUGAGACAGAAACGCUCAGGGCACGGGCAUCGCGACAUGAGUAG